AUGGUCUCUCGAAAUCCGAAUACUGCAGAUGGAUUUUUCUUGGAUCCGGACGGUAUGACCGUUCCUGCAAUUGGACCGUUCACCGCCGCCGUAUCCUCCUCCCCGACGACUUCUUCCACCGCCGUGGCAGUGACGGAUGCGGCGGCGGGGACGGUUUCUUCGGUGGAGGAUCUCAGCAAGAAGAUUAGGAAGCCUUAUACCAUCACCAAGUCGAGAGAGAGCUGGACGGAGCCUGAGCACGACAAAUUCCUCGAAGCUCUUCAGCUGUUUGACAGAGACUGGAAGAAGAUUGAAGCUUUUAUUGGUUCAAAGACUGUGAUUCAGAUAAGAAGUCAUGCUCAGAAGUAUUUUCUUAAGGUGCAAAAGAGUGGGACUGGUGAACAUCUUCCACCCCCUCGACCGAAAAGGAAAGCCGCUCAUCCAUAUCCUCAAAAGGCUCACAAGAACGUGCAACCUCAUGUUCCAGGGUCCUACAAAUCAACACCUGAACAAAACAACCCUACUUUUAUGUAUAGGCCUGAGUCUUCUUCGAUGCUGAUGACUUCUCCAACCACUGCCGCUGCUGCGGCUCCAUGGACAAAUAAUGUGCAAACAAUUAGCUUCACUCCCCUCCCAAAAGGAGCAGGAGCGAAUAACAACUGUUCUAGUAGUUCUGAAAAUACUCCGAGACCACGAUCGAACAGGGACACAAAUGAACAGGGAAAUCUUGGCCAUUCAUUAAGAGUUUUACCGGACUUUGCACAAGUAUACAGCUUCAUUGGAAGUGUGUUUGACCCACAUGCCAGUAACCAUCUGCAAAAGCUGAAAAAGAUGGACCCCAUAGAUGUCGAAACAGUGCUACUAUUGAUGAGAAAUCUAUCCAUCAACUUGUCUAGUCCUGAUUUUGAGGAUCAUAGACGGCUUCUUUCGUCUUAUGAUAUGGGGUCGGAGACAGCAACAAGUGAUCAUGGUGGACCUUUUUUACUCUCUCGCGAACUUCUGUGCGUCUAUCUGCUCGCGAAAGAUCUACCACCCGAGACAAUGAUUAUCACCGAGGAAAACCGCAGAGAAAUCUGCAAGUACCUUUUCAAAGAAGGAGUGUUGUUCGCCAAGAAGGAUUUCAAUCUCGCUAAGCACCCGUUGAUCGAGUCCGUUCCCAACUUGCAAGUGAUCAAGCUCAUGCAGAGUUUCAAAUCCAAGGAGUACGUUAGGGAGACAUUCGCAUGGAUGCACUACUACUGGUUUCUGACCAACGAAGGCAUCGAGUUCUUGAGAACUUACCUGAACCUUCCGUCUGAUGUUGUGCCCGCCACCUUGAAGAAAUCAGCUAAGCCUCUCGGGCGUCCAUUUGGUGGCCCACCUGGUGAUCGCCCAAGGGGUCCUCCUCGCUUUGAGGGAGGAGACCGUCCCAGGUUUGGUGACCGUGAUGGGUACCGUGGAGGUCCUCGUGGUGGUGACAUUGGAGGUGAUAAGAGUGGAGCUCCAGCAGAUUACCAGCCAUCUUUCCAGGGAAGUGGCCGUGGUUUUGGCCGUGGUGCUGGUGCCUACGGUGCUGCUGCACCAUCUGGCUCGGGGUUACCUUGA